AUGUUGAUGGGGGAUAAUGUCCCGAGUUUCACAAGAUAUGCAGUACGCCUUCUUAGGCUGCUGCCAUUUGCUGACUCACUGCUGUGUCAUAGAGUAUUGUAUGGUCUGUGUGGGUGUGUCAUCCUGCUACUAUUUUUGCUCAUUGGAGCAUCUGGAAGGUUUUUUGAAAGUGCUGUGAGAGAAUUCCGUUCACCUCCAGGUACAAAGCUACAAACCGAAUACAAUGUAGACAGCUCCCUAGAUCUCCGGUCCCGAACUGAUGUGACUACUUGCACUGACUGGGGAGCACCCAUUAUGUGGGAUGGGAUGUUUGAUCCUAACAUCUACGAUGAGCAUCACAAAAAAAUGGGCAGCACUGUUGCACUGACAGUAUUCGCCAUUGCGAGAUACCUGGAAUUGUACCUGAUGGAUUUCCUGACCUCGGCAGAACGUCACUUCAUGGUGGGUUUACCGGUGACGUACUACGUGUUCACCGAUGCCCCUGAGAACGUGCCGGGGCUCCACCUGAUGGCAGGGAGGACCCUGGAGAUUGUACCGGUCAAGCGGCACGAGCGCUGGCAGGACAUCUCCAUGAUGCGCAUGAAGACCAUUGCGGACGCUAUCCAGACACGCAUCCGGCACCGGCACCGGUACAUCUUCUGCCUGGACGUGGACCAGGUCUUCGUGGGUCGCUUCGGCUCGGAGGCCCUUGGGGAAUCGGUGGCCCUUCUGCACUCUUCCUUCUACAACACCCCCCAGGAAAGGUACACCUAUGACCACAACCCGAACUCCACGGCCUACAUGGAGAAGGGGGACUUCUACUACCACGCGGCUGUCUUCGGGGACACGUGGCAGAGUGUGGCGAACCUGACAGACAGCUGUCACCAGGGCAUAAUGGCAGACAAGAGGAACCAGGUGGAGGCUCUGUGGCACGAUGAGAGCCACCUUAACAAGUACUUUUGGCUCCACAAGCCCAGCAAAGUGCUCUCCCCAGAGUAUUGCUGGAACUUACAGAAUGGCUUCAGCAAAGAAAUACACGUUCAGCGCCUGCGCUGGGGAGAGAAACACGACGACAGGAGGACCUAGGGGUAGGAUGGACCAAAAAAAAAGCAUUCCUUGCACUCUUGCAUUACUUGCGAUACAACAAAUGCACACUUACAACAUCGCAUUUAUCAGAUUGAGAACUUUGCAAUUUAAAAAAAAAUCAAUUUAAAAAAAGAUUUCAGUAAUCGGCACAAAACCGAAACCUGAACUGUACACAACUGUAAACAGCACCGUAACAUCCUCCAUGGACCUAAUAGAAAAUAAGAUUCUACACAAUCAACCUUUACAGCUGUUAAUGUCACUGUUGGUAUGAUUUCAAAAGGGUUACUAUUUGGCAUGAAUCUAUUGCAGAUAACUGUUGUUGACUUUCAACAGGUAGAAAGCUUAAACUUUCUAUGGGGAAGACCUUUGAAAACCACUCCACCGCCAUCUUAAUUGUCUGCAGAUAGUGUCUGUAACUCACAGGAUGAAUAUACAGUAAGAAAUCAACCCAGUGCUUGACCUUUCCAUCAGGAAUGCUUUAAUGAAUCCACAGCAGUGUUACCUUUUGUAAACUGUUUUAAAGGACCAUGCUGUUGUAAGUGCACCCUCUGCGUCCCCUGCACCAUUGGCAACCCCCUAUUUCCGGUUCUGUCGCGAUUGUUGUGUAUCGACCCCUUAUUGGAUACAUGCUAUCACAUGAUUGUGUACUUUGAAAAUGUUGCACUUGCGGCAGCCUCACUAGCAUGUGAGCUAGUAGCCAAGAUGGCUACCUAAGUAUCUAGCAAUUACACAGAUAGCGAACGUUGCUAAGAUGGCUAGAAAAUAGCUAUCGGUUGUGAAUUACACAGAUAGCGAACGUUAGCUAGCUAGAUGGAUGCAUGUAUAAACCUAACGGGAUAAACAUUUUCAUUAAACCCAAAAAGUUCCUAUCUAGCUAAAGUGCCUACUUUGCCAUUUAGCAUCCAUUUUAGCUUGCAGCACUAUAACUUUAGCCAGCAGGCUAGUAGUGAUAAUAAAUUAUGUGAAUGAGUAGGUCUACACAAUCAUGUCAUUGUACCCAGUAAGGGGUCAACACAUCACAAUCCCAAUGGUGCAGGGGACAAAGACAUGUACUUACACUGGUAUUUUGGGUAUUAAAGCCCAUUUACUAUAAAUUUUCAGCAAAUAGUCAUGUCAGGGUUAAGAAGACAUGGAAGUUUGAAUUUAAUUUGUAAAACAGUCUUUUCUCCAUGGAAUACCUUCUGGCAGAAAAACAUUCUGCUUUCAGGAAAUGUGUUACUAACAAUAAAACUCAACAUAACUUCAGAGAAUGUCAUUAAUUGAUUAGCCAUCCAUGCUUUAAAAUUCAUUAUUAUGCAACGAUGAAGUAACUUUGACAAAAAAUUAUUUGGACAUCAUUUCCGGAAUGAUGGAUUCUCAAGCAACUUUUAAAGUUUCGGCAAGUUGAUAUUCAUACCGUUCGGAAAUGAAUGGAAACAAAUGGCUGCCUGAAAGGUAAACAAAUUGUUGGAGAAAAACUAGCUAAUUCUACUAGCUAGCUAAAACUAAAGCUGUUGUAUGUCUUGUGGCAAUGUAAAGUAUGCCUACACAAAAUUUGUACUAAAUGGGCUUUUUAUGUCCAAAAUACCGGUAGAUCGGUUAAACAGGAAGCAUCUGGCUGGAAAGCACAGCUUACUGUUUCCAUGUCCAGUUCCCUCCCCUAUAAAGAGGUCAGUACUGCUGGACUAUCACUAAUGGAAAUACACAUUUUAGUGUGCUAGUGUCCAUUUGUAAUGCCAGGACAGGAAUGAAAUUCAAAUUCUGUUCAUUUCAUGUUACCACUCCCACACCUACUUUGUGCUUGUAACUAUCAAGGUUAUGUCUUCAAAGAGUGGCUAGUACUUGCUGUUAAUAUGCUACCGUACCAAAGAGAGAGAUUUUUU